GGAGAGCCUCGCGGACAUAGACGGUUUGGAGCGGAAAGCGAGAGGUGGAGGGGCGGCUUGGGGUAAGCGCGCGCGCGCAGUGCAGACGCCAGCUCCCGGCGGUUGAAGUACUCAAGGUGCCCGAAGGCGGGGUAGUGACCUCGCGCGUGCGCCGUUGCCGCGGCGGCGCCGGGUCCUAGCGUGUGGGUUGGUCUUGGCCUCGCGCGGCGCGUGCGCAGUGCAGACGGCGGAGGGAUUUGCGGCCGGGACCCACCCCCUGCUACAGUCGCUAGCCAAGGCCGCGCGGGUUCCUGAGCAGCGGCCUGGUGUGCUCGCUGCGCGGGCGACGGAAUCAGACGGACUCGGACGCCCCCAGAGUGGAAGCCGAAGCAGGAGCUGUUGUUGCUGAGGGGCCGCCGCAGCCGCCGCGAGCCUCCGGACAGACACCAGAGCUAGGAGGGCGCUGCGCGGCGAACUUGGCAAGAUGACCCAGUUCCUGCCGCCCAACCUUCUGGCCCUCUUUGCCCCCCGUGACCCUAUCCCAUACCUGCCACCCCUGGAGAAACUGCCACAUGAAAAACACCACAAUCAACCUUACUGUGGCAUUGCGCCGUACAUUCGAGAGUUUGAGGACCCUCGAGAUGCCCCGCCUCCAACUCGUGCAGAAACCCGAGAGGAGCGCAUGGAGAGGAAAAGACGGGAAAAGAUUGAGCGGCGACAGCAAGAAGUGGAGACAGAGCUUAAAAUGUGGGACCCUCACAAUGAUCCCAAUGCUCAGGGUGAUGCCUUCAAGACUCUCUUCGUGGCGAGAGUGAACUAUGACACAACAGAAUCCAAGCUCCGGAGAGAGUUUGAGGUGUACGGACCCAUCAAAAGAAUACACAUGGUCUACAGUAAGCGGUCAGGAAAGCCCCGCGGCUAUGCCUUCAUUGAGUAUGAACACGAGCGAGACAUGCACUCCGCUUACAAACACGCAGACGGCAAGAAGAUUGAUGGCAGGAGGGUCCUUGUGGAUGUGGAGAGGGGCCGAACUGUGAAGGGCUGGAGGCCCCGGCGGCUAGGAGGCGGCCUCGGUGGUACCAGAAGAGGAGGGGCUGAUGUGAACAUCCGGCAUUCAGGCCGCGAUGACACCUCCCGCUAUGAUGAGAGGCCCGGCCCCUCCCCGCUUCCGCAUAGGGACCGGGACCGGGACCGUGAGCGGGAGCGCAGAGAGCGGAGCCGGGAGCGAGACAAGGAGCGAGAACGGCGACGCUCCCGCUCUCGGGACCGGCGGAGGCGCUCACGGAGUCGCGACAAGGAGGAGCGGAGGCGCUCCAGGGAGCGGAGCAAGGACAAGGACCGGGACCGGAAGCGGCGAAGCAGCCGGAGCCGGGAGCGUGCCCGCCGGGAGCGGGAGCGCAAGGAGGAGCUGCGUGGGGGCGGUGGCGACAUGGCGGAGCCCUCCGAGGCGGGUGAUGCACCCCCUGAUGAUGGGCCUCCAGGGGAGCUCGGGCCUGACGGCCCUGACGGUCCAGAGGAAAAGGGCCGGGAUCGUGACCGGGAGCGACGGCGGAGCCACCGGAGUGAGCGCGAGCGGCGCCGGGACCGGGAUCGUGACCGCGACCGUGACCGCGAGCACAAACGGGGGGAGCGGGGCAGUGAGCGGGGCAGGGAUGAGGCCCGAGGUGGGGGCGGCGGCCAGGACAACGGGCUGGAGGGUCUGGGCAACGACAGCCGAGACAUGUACAUGGAGUCUGAGGGCGGCGAUGGCUACCUGGCUCCGGAGAAUGGGUAUUUGAUGGAGGCUGCGCCGGAGUGAAGAGGUUCUCUCCACCAGCUUUGUUUGGACGCGUUCCUGCCCACCCCUUGCUGUCAUCCCCUCCCCCAACCUUGGCCACCUGAGUUUGUCCUCCAAGGGUAGGUGUCUGAUUUGUUCUGGCCCCUUGGAUUUAAAAAUAAAAUUAAUUUCCUGUUGAUA